GUGAAACAAGGAAGAAAAAAAUUAACUAACAAUGGCUGCAGAUCAAUUCAAUCAAAUUUUAAAUUCAUUGCUUUCCACCGACAAUGAUGUGAGACAGCAGGCUGAGGAUGCCUACAAUAAUGUACCACGCGAACUCAAGGUUACACAUUUAUUGGCCACCAUACACAAUGGCCAACAAUCUGAAGAGGCUCGUCAAAUGGCUGCUGUCUUAUUGCGUCGUCUAUUCUCAUCUGAAUUUUUAGAAUUUUAUAAAGAGCUGCCGCAAGAGGGUCAGGGCCAGUUGCUACAACAAAUACUUUUAGCCGUCCAACAAGAUGUUACACCAAAUUUACGUCGUAAGAUCUGUGAAGUUGUUGCCGAAGCCGCACGCAAUCUUAUCGAUGAAGAUGGCAACAAUCAAUGGCCCGAUUUCUUGCAAUUUCUUUUCCAAUGUGCCAAUUCACCAUCGGCCCAAUUGCAAGAGUCCGCAUUGCGUAUCUUUGCCAGUGUACCAUCGAUCUUUGGCAAUGACGAAGCUCAAUAUAUGGAUUUGAUUAAGCAAAUGUUGACCAAGAGCAUGGAACCCACUGCUGAUGUUGAGGUACGUUUCCAGGCUGUACGUGCUGUGGGCGCCUUCAUUUUGCGCCACGACAAGGAAAAGGAGGCUGUCAUCUAUAAGCAAUUUGCUGAUUUGCUGCCACGCAUGAUUAUGAUCACCGCCGAGAGUAUUGAGGCCCAAGAUGAUCAAUCGCUAUUGAAGUUGUUGAUUGACAUGACCGAGACUUGUCCCAAGUUUUUGCGUCCCCAAUUGGAAGUUAUCUUUGAGAUUUGUAUGAAGGUUUUCAGCUCCCAAGAUGUUGAGGACAGCUGGCGCCAUUUGGUCUUGGAAGUCAUGGUCUCCCUCUCCGAAAAUGCCCCAGCCAUGGUACGCAAACGUGCCGAAAAAUACAUUGUCGCCUUGAUCCCAUUGGUCCUGCAAAUGAUGACCGACAUGGAAGAUGAUGAAGAUUGGGCUACUUCCGAUUCGGUGACCGAAGAUGACAACAGCGAUAAUAAUGUCAUUGCCGAGUCAUCAUUGGAUCGUUUGGCAUGUGGUUUGGGCGGCAAAUGUGUAUUGCCCAAUGUCAUGAACUCCUUACCCACCAUGUUGGGUCACAGCGACUGGAAGCAACGUUACGCCGCCCUUAUGGCCAUUUCAGCCAUUGGCGAAGGUUGCCACAAGCAAAUGGAAGCCAUGUUGGAACACAUUAUGGCUGCAGUUUUGAACUACUUGCGUGAUCCCCAUCCACGUGUUCGCUAUGCUGCCUGUAAUGCUAUCGGUCAAAUGUCCACCGAUUUUGCACCCACAUUCGAAAAGAAAUUCCACGAACAAGUUGUGCCCGGCCUUUUGUCCUUGUUGGAUGAUGUGCAGAAUCCCCGCGUGCAGGCUCAUGCCGGUGCUGCCCUCGUCAACUUCUCCGAGGAUUGCCCCAAAAAUAUUUUGACUCGCUACUUGGAUGGCAUUAUGGGUAAAUUGGAAGCUGUGUUGAAUUCCAAGUUCAAGGAAUUGGUCGAGAAGGGUAACAAAUUGGUAUUGGAACAGAUUGUCACCACCAUUGCUUCCGUGGCCGAUACCUGUGAAAAGGAAUUUGUCACCUACUACGAUCGUUUGAUGCCAUGCCUGAAGUUCAUCAUUCAGAAUGCUAAUUCCGAGGAGUUGCGUAUGUUGCGUGGCAAGACCAUUGAGUGUGUCAGUCUAAUUGGUUUGGCUGUGGGUCGUGAGAAGUUCAUUACCGAUGCCGGUGAGGUUAUGGACAUGUUGCUGAAGACCCACUCCGAGGGUGAUAUGGCCGAUGAUGAUCCACAAACUUCGUAUUUGAUCACUGCUUGGGCCCGUAUGUGCAAGAUUCUGGGCAAACAAUUCGAACAAUACUUGCCCUUGGUUAUGGGUCCUGUUAUGCGCACAGCCGCCAUGAAACCCGAGGUGGCUCUCUUGGACAACGAUGAGGUCGAAGAUAUCGAGGGUGAUGUCGAUUGGUCCUUCAUCAAUUUGGGCGAACAGCAGAACUUUGCCAUUCGCACCGCCGGCAUGGAAGACAAGGCUUCGGCCUGUGAAAUGUUGGUCUGCUAUGCUCGUGAACUGAAGGAAGGUUUUGCCGACUAUGCCGAGGAGGUGGUACGUCUAAUGGUGCCCAUGUUGAAAUUCUAUUUCCACGAUGGUGUACGCACAGCCGCAGCUGAAUCUUUGCCUUGUCUCUUGGAUUGUGCUAAAAUCAAGGGUCCCCAAUAUUUGGAAGGUAUGUGGCUAUACAUUUGCCCCGAGCUGUUGAAGGUUAUUGUCUCGGAACCGGAGGCUGAUGUCCAAGCUGAACUAUUGAACUCGUUGGCCAAGUGUAUUGAGACCUUGGGACCCAACUGCUUGAAUGAUGAUGCUAUGAAACAAGUUUUGGAAAUCAUUGCUAAAUACAUGGAGGAACAUUUCGAGCGUGCCGAUAAACGUUUGCAGGCUCGCAACGAAGAGGAUUACGAUGAUGGUGUUGAAGAGGAAUUGGCCGAACAAGAUGAUACCGAUACAUAUAUUCUAUCGAAAAUUGUCGAUAUCCUACAUGCUCUAUUCUUGACCCAUAAAGUACAGUUUUUGCCACAUUUCGAUCAGAUAGCACAAAACUUUGUCAAACUAUUGGAUCCAUCACGUUCAUGGUCGGACAGACAGUGGGGUCUGUGCACAUUUGAUGAUGUUAUAGAAUUCUGUGGCCCCGCCUGUGCCGCCUAUCAACAGUUCUUUACACCUGCCCUGUUGCAAUAUGUUACCGAUAAAUCGCCCGAGGUCCGUCAGGCUGCCACAUAUGGUUGCGGUGUGUUGGGUCAAUUUGGUGGUGAACAAUUUGCUGUAACCUGUGCACAAAUCAUUCCUCUCUUAGUACAAGUUGUGAACGACCCCAAGAGCCGCGAACCCGAAAACAUCAAUCCCACAGAAAAUGCCAUUUCGGCCGUAACAAAAAUUCUGAAAUAUAACAAAUCGGCAUUGCCAAAUGUUGAUGAAAUUAUAAAUAUUUGGUUCUCUUGGUUACCCGUUACGGAAGACAGUGACGAAGCUCCUCACAUCUAUGGCUAUUUGUGUGAAUUGAUCCAGGCCAAUCAUCCCAUUAUUUUGGGUGCUAACAACUGUAAUCUACCACGUAUUGUUUCCAUUAUUGCUCAAGCCUUUGCCAACAAAGUGGUUGCAGCCAUCAGUGAUGUUGGUUCACGGAUGUUGGGCAUUGUCAAACAAGUCGAGUCAAAUCCCGAAGUCUUCCAAGCAUGUGCCAGCCAAUUGACACCAGAAAUGCAACAUGCUCUGCAAGAAGCCAUUCGGGAAUUGGCCUUGGCCUCAGCACAGGGUUAAAAACAAAA